CACUCAAUUGCAUCACUCAACCGCUACUUAUUCUACAAGAAUCAUUCUUCUCGACAGUCUGCGCAUUCUUCACAUCACUAUUAUCGAGCCGGAUACCAUCGCACUUGGCUGCUUCUUACUCUAAUCAACUCCGGCCAAUAUCACACCACCAUGCCGAUCCGAAAUCCCUUCACUCGCCGCCCCGGAGCUGUCGUCCCGGCCGAUGACGGUGUCUACGCCGACAAGGAGCACAACUACCCCGGAUUUGAGCGAGUCGACAUCGUGGGCUCCAAGGCGUCGUCGGUUUUGAGCAUCCGCAGCGCCAGAAGCCAAGACACCGGCGAGUAUAAGAUGAGCGGUAAGUGGCCGCAGUCGCUCUCGCUUGCAACCUUCCCCUCUGGGCCAUGCAGCGGCAGAGCGUCACACGACUCUCGGUGGGCUGGAACUGACAUGCGCUUUGCACGUUUAGUUGUCAAUGACAGCGGCGUAUAUCUCCCUCCCUCGCCUGCGGAGGAGAAGAGCCAGUGGCCGCGCAGACACCUCUCAUCGCGCGAGUCCUCAGACAGCUCGGGCGAGAUUGAGCAGUUUUCUAUUUCGCGAGAGUCGUUUGACUCGUACCGACGAUCAUUUGAUAUCUCGGCACGCUCUCCCAUCACCGCAUACGACAUUCCCACCCGCCAAAGUCUCGAUUCGGCACGUUUCUCUAGAAUGCCUAGAUCGGCAUUUAACCGUAACUUGGAACAACUGCCCACGGCCGACGAAGGUUUUGAGGAUGUCGGGCUCGAAGACCAGAAGCAGCAGCCUCGCAAGCGCGGCUUCUUCUCCAAAUUGACCGAGACCCAAGAGAAGGACUCGUCUCCAGCCCCCUCGGGAGUCUCCAGGUUCCUCAUUCCUGGUCGAAAGAGGGCUCAGAGCGGCCAAGGAUCCGAGCUAAGCCCCAUGGAACAUUCGACUGUGUCAACGAAAGACUGAGAGGCGUCUCGGCAAAUAACUCGGCAACUCGAAAUAAUCUACUAUACAUGAAACUUUAUCAAGCAUCAACGAUUUUUUUCUUGGACUACGGAUAUGUUUUAUUUUGCGACAAUGGCGU